GCGAAUGGGUGUGGUGGCGUUCCAGUUUCGGCUGGAGUAAAGCCCGCUGCUGCUUGAGUCGCUCUGCCCGUCCCCCAGAUUCUUCCCCAUGUCCAUUUAGCAGCUGCUUUUCCUCUGCCUUUUUACUACUCGCUUGUCAAUUCUCACCUUUGGCUUCUGCCAUGCAUCAUGUGUACUUGUGAGAAAAAGAAAAGGAAUCGACAGCAAAAAGGCCAUCCCUGGCCAUCUCACAGGCCGGCCACGCUACAUCACCCUUCCCUCCUACCCGUAUCGGACAAGGCUGGGUCCUCGUAUCUCACCUGCCAUCGUAAGCUGAGCUGGGGGAAAUGAAGACGCUGAUGUUUAGCGAAGAAGAGCGCUGUAACUCUUACCUGCUAUCCUCUCCCCCCUGCCUCAUCACCAAAACGAACCUGUCAGCUCGCGGAUGAAGGCCCGAAUGGCCCUGCUGCUGGUUGGCCGCCUUUAGGGAUUUGGUCCAGAU